AUGAGUAAAGAAAAGCUUGUAGUGGAAGUGUUGGGGGCCCAUAAUUUGAUGCCAAAAGAUGGAGAAGGUUCAUCAUCAGCAUUUGUUGAAGUUGAGUUUGAAGGUCAAAGACAAAGAACACAAGUCAAAUACAAAGAUUUAAACCCUGUUUGGAAUGAAAAACUUGUGUUUCAUGUUAAUGAUGUUUCUGAUCUUCCUUAUAGGACUAUUGAAGUCAAUGUUUUUAAUGAAAAAAAGUCAAACAAUAGUAGGAAUUUCUUGGGCAAGGUUAGAGUUUGUGGUACUAGUAUUGCAUGUGAAGGACAAGAUGAUGUCAUUCCACAGCUUCACACACUUGAUAAAAGAUCUUUGUUUUCACACGUGCGAGGUGAGAUUACUUUUAAAUUGUAUUUGUCUUCUAAAGAACAUGCUAAAAAUGUUGAUAAUAAUGGUGGUGGUGGUAAUGGGAUGGUGAAUAAUUCUAGUGAUGUGGUUUCUAAAAAAGGAAAGAAAUUUCAACAAAAAAGUACUAGUACUACUAGUAUUCAAAGCCACCACCAGCAAAUGGGUGGUCAAGAAAACAAGAAAAUGAUACAUGUAACUGAUAUGAAAAAACAUGACCUUAAGCCAGUUGUGAUGACUUCUAUCCCGGGCCCUGGUGGGCCCGGGAUGAAUGUAGGUGGAGGGCGGAUGGGGAUGUUUUCGGGUGUGGUUAAUGAUUAUUCUUUGAAAGAAACAAGCCCCCAUUUAGGUGGGGGCUUGUUGAACAAGGACAAGACUAGUUCAACUUAUGAUUUAGUGGAGCAAAUGCAGUAUUUAUAUAUAAGAGUGGUGAAAGGGAGGGAUAUUCCGGUUAUGGGUGGUGGUGAAAUUGUGGCAGAGGUUAAGUUAGGUAACUAUAGAGGGAUAACAAAAAGAGUUGGUUUGAAUAAUGGUGAAUGGGAUCAAGUAUUUGCAUUCUCUAAAGAUACUAUACAAUCAUCAAUGGUAGAGAUUUUUGUGAAAGAAAGAGAUAAAGAUGAUUACUUGGGUCGGGUUUGGUUUGAUUUGAAUGAAGUGCCAAAAAGAGUGCCACCGGAUAGUCAAUUAGCACCACAAUGGUAUAGGAUGGAUGAUAAAAGAGGUGAGAGGGCUAAAGGGGGUGAAGUUAUGGUGGCUAUAUGGUUUGGGACUCAAGCAGAUGAGGCUUUUUCUGAGGCGUGGCAUUCCAAGGCUGCAAAUGUGCAUUUGGAUGGGCUUGGGUCGAUUCAAUCUAAGGUAUAUCUAUCUCCUAAACUUUGGUAUUUGAGGGUUUCUGUUAUUGAAGCACAAGAUGUUGUUACGAGUGAUAAAGGGACUUCUGUGAUGAGGUAUCCUGAGCUUAAUGUUAAGGUACAAGUAGGAAACCAGGUUUUGAAAACUCGGGUGGCUCCGGCUAUGGCAAACCGUAGUCUUUCAAACCCGUUUUGGAAUGAGGAUUUGAUGUUUGUGGUGGCUGAGCCUUUUGAGGAUUAUGUGAUGUUGUCUGUGGAGGAUAGGAUUGGGCCGAACCGUGAGGAGGUUGUGGGCCGGGUUAUGUUGCCUGUUGGUAGUAUAAACAGGAGGUUGGAUUCAAAAGAAGUGGCUUCUAGGUGGUAUAAUCUUGAUGGGCGUUCUAGUAACCCGAAUGAUUCAAUGUCGGUUGUGAGGUUUGCUUCUAGAAUACAUAUUCGGGCCACACUUGAUGGCGGGUAUCAUGUGCUUGAUGAAGCUACAAUGUAUAGUAGUGAUGUUAGGCCUACAGCCAAACAGCUAUGGAAACCUCAUAUUGGUGUUCUUGAGGUGGGGAUUUUGGGGGCUUCUAAUCUUAUGCCUAUGAAGAUUAAAGAAGGUAAGGGUGGAACAACCGAUUCUUAUUGUGUGGCUAAAUAUGGGCAGAAAUGGGUCAGGACUCGUACAGUUGUGGAUAGUUUGGGUCCAAAAUGGAAUGAGCAGUAUACUUGGGAAGUGUUUGAUCCUUGCACAGUCAUCACAAUCGGGGUUUUUGAUAAUUCACGGGUUGAUAAGAACACUGCUGGGGCUGGUGGAGCUGGUGCCCGUGACUCCCGGAUAGGAAAAGUCCGGAUCCGGCUGUCUACACUCGAGUCAGAUCGGGUUUACACUCAUGCAUAUCCACUGUUGAUGUUGCAUCCUUCUGGUGUGAAGAAAAUGGGCGAGCUUCAUUUGGCUGUAAGAUUCUCUUGUGCUAACAUGCCCAAUAUGCUUCACAUGUACACAAUGCCUUUACUACCUAAAAUGCACUAUGUUCAACCCUUGUCCGUGAUCCAGUUAGACAGCUUGAGGUACCAGGCUAUGAAUGUCGUGGCGUCUCGGCUCGGCCGGGCUGAGCCGUCUCUUGGAAGGGAGGUUGUAGAGUACAUGCUUGAUCACGAUUCUCAUAUGUGGAGUAUGAGGAAGAGCAAAGCUAAUUUCAUCCGGCUCACUAACGUGUUAUCUUGGCUCGUGGUCAUCAACAAGGUUAUUGAUGCUAUGCGAAACUGGCACAUGCCAGUUUACUCGAGCAUGUUCGUGCUCACUUUCAUUACCAUGGUACUGAUGCCAGAGCUUAUUAUCCCAUCUAUACUGUUGGGAUUUGCGGUUAUGGGACUAUGGAGAUACCGUUCACGCCCUCGUUACCCGCCUCACAUGGAUAUCCGUCUCUCCUAUGCGGAAGGUGUUCACCCUGACGAGUUGGAUGAAGAAUUUGACUCAUUCCCGACUAGUAGAAGCGCUGACAUUGUGAGGAUCAGGUACGAUAGGCUGAGGAGUGUGGCAGGGAGGAUUCAGACAGUGGUUGGUGACAUGGCAACUCAAGGUGAAAGAUUCCAAGCAUUGCUCAGCUGGAGAGACCCGAGGGCCUCGUUCUUGUUUGUGGUGAUCUGUUUCUUGGCUGCUUUUGGGUUUUACUUGGUGCCUAUCAGGUGGGUGGUAGCGGUUUGGGGCUUGUAUUUUUUAAGGCCACCAAGGUUCAGGAACAAGUUGCCGUCAAGUGCUGCCAGUUUCUUCAAAAGGCUGCCUACUAUGGCAGAUAGUAUGUUGUAGAUGUUUUAUAUUUUCGGGGUUUAUUGGGCUUAAUAGUUUUUAGAGGGUUCUUAGAAAACUAGCAAACUAUUGCGAUAUUUUGUGUUGUUAGUAUUGUAAUGACCAGCAGCAGCCUUAGUCAGCUAUUAGUUAAGGGUAAUUCAAGACAAUUUCCAAACUGGGAA